AUGGGAUCAAAAAGACUUCAUGUUCGAUUCAUAUCGAAAUCUCGUCUGCCCAAUUCACUUUUUAAACCGAGGGAUCUUGAUCCUAUAACAAUAUCAUGUCUUUAUAAGCUAUACCCACUACUCCUAUUAUUUGACCAAUUACUUGACAAACUCAUGUGGCAUGUGGAUGAUAUACCGCUACAAAUACUAUACAUUAUAAUGACAUGCUAUUUGGUAGCUAUGAUAUUACCAAAGGAUUCAUCUCUCCUCUUUAAAGCUUUUGAUAUUUGGUUAGGAUACAUGUGCUUUUUGUUAUUAAGCGCGAGCUUCAUUUAUUAUAACAGUACUUUGUUAAGAGAGUUGGACAAGAAUGAAGCUCCGACUUUAGAUGAAGUAACACACACUUUGGAAUCUGUAUUGGAUAAAGUAAACAUAAUGCAAGAAGAAGUGCUUGGUUCAAAGAAAUCACGGAAAUUCGAUAAAUUUAAUAUGAAGACUUUCAAACUAGUAAUACUAUUAACUUUAGUACACGUUCCUCUAACAAUAUUAUUAGGAACUAGAUCUUAUGUUACCUUUUGCAUUCUCUUCAUGUCUGUUUACCAUUCCGUCUAUUAUCAAAGCACAAUGAAAUUAUUCUGGAGAAAUCUUUGGUUACGGCGUUUAUAUUAUUUCAUUUGGGAUAAUGAGGCAACUUCUAACUCCCCAACUUUGGGAAAAUCACAAAACUAUAAGCUAAUCAGUGAGAGUCAAAUGAUCCCAUUUCCAAAAUCUUUGCAGGGCCUUAGGGGCCAAGAGCUACAAGUUCAGUUGCAAAUGCUCAUUGUACAAGACCCAACCACUAUAGACCCUGAAUCGGAUUACAUUCAUGUCAAGAUUGUGGAGUAUAAUAUCGAUGAAAAUGAGCGGAAGUGGAAGCAAGAGGGCUGGACCCCAAAACUUCUACCAUACGAACGCUCGCACUUUUGUAACUCGUUUACACUAAUGGAGACAAACUCGCCAUGGAAGUUUCAAGAAGAAUUAACAAACGGAUGGAUUUGGGUUGACGCAAAUUGGCUUCCUGAAAAUUGGAUAUAUUGUGAUGCACAAUGGAAUUCUCUAGGUGCAAAUGAUUCUAUUGCAUGUUUCACCAGAAAAAGAACUUGGAAGCGAAGGGCAUUUAAAAUAUUACAAUAA